AUGAGUUUAACAUUUAUUAAUCGUUUUCGUCUUUCAAAUUUGAUUAGAAAUCAAAAUACUUUAAAUGUAUUUCGAUAUAGUUCUAUUAAUGCAUCAUCUUCAUCAUCGUCAAAGACAGAAGAUGAAUCAAAAUUAAGCGAUGUUUUAAAGAAACGUUUUCCAAAUGCUCGUCUUAUUGAUGUUAAAGAUACGUCAGCUGGUUGUGGUGCAAGUUAUGAAAUAGUGGUCGUAACUAAUGAAUUUGCCAAUAUGCGUAUGGUUAAUCAACAUCGUUUAGUAUCUGAAGCACUUAAUAAACAAUUACCAAAUAUUCAUGCGAUUCGAAUAUUUACUGGAAUAGAUGAAAAAGAAUUUCUAGAUUCCUGA